AUGGAGCAGCGGCCUUGGCAUUCAGCAGCAUACCCAUCGCCCACUGGGGUGCGGUAUGGUCCGUCCUACGGGCCACCUUCUGCGCAGUUUGCUCAGCCUUGGCAUUCGGCAUACCCAUCAAACGCUGGAAUGCCGUAUGGACCGUUCUGCUGGGCACCCUCCGCGCAGCUUCCGCAGCCUCGGUAUUUGGCAGCAUACCCGCCACAAACUGGGACACAGUAUCGUCCGCCCUACCAGACAACUUCUGCGCAGCAUAGAGAUUUCGGAAGCCAGGAACGACGAUUUGAUGAUGCUUAUUGUCUAGUCGAUGAGAAGGGAUUCUGUAGACCCUUCUCAAACAGUCGUGUUAGCCAGCUUAGUGGGAAGACCUAUGAAGAGGUGAUAUCCCAAGUCUUUUCGAGUUCACCUUCUAGGAGACUUCAUGCAGUUCUCCCGCAAGAGGCAGAGGAACGAACGCGGUUGCUGUUGAGCAAGGAGGUUGUUGCAAACUUCCUGCAAACAACUGUGUCUGACAGCGCUGCGGCUUCAAUGAGAGAGAAAGGUAUUGGGGAGGAGCUAGCCCAGGUUGACACAGUCUACAACGGUCGUUUUCAGGACUUUGCUGACAGCAUCUUUCCACUAAGCACACCCUUGGUCACUGCUACCUGUGAACAUGUUCAGAGCGUGCUUGUGGAGAUUUGCUCCGACAGCCGCUUCGUAGCUAUGAAACUCUACCAGAUUGAGAUCCAAAGUUGUCUCGUUGCGCGCCAGGGAUACUUGGCGCGAGAUGACACACAUGGUUUGGAAAGCGUUCUGCUUCAGCCCGACACCACCGGCUUUGCUAUUGUUUUCAAUCGUGCAGCCUUACAAAUCAAGACGGAUGAGCUGGCGGUACGCCUUGGUCUUCAAAAUGUUUCUAAAUUACUCGAGCAGAAGAAGUUGCACAUUGUCUACUUUCAAUCCGAGUCUGCAGUGUCAGCAGCGUUGAUCAUGGCAAGAGAGGCAAAGAACGAGGUAAGAGAGUUGAAGGAGAAACAUCAAGGCACGGGAGGUGCUUUCUUGUUGUGGUAG